UGGUUUUGCAGGUCGUGGAUUCAGGGGUGGUAGAGAAGAUGGAGGAGGAAGAGGAGGACGUGGCGGUCGAGGUGGUUUCAGCGGUGGUAGAGGGGGAUUUGGCAGUGGAGGAAGUGGGAUGAAGCGUGGUGGUGGAAGAGGAGGUAGAGGAGACAGAGGGAGAAGAGGCGGAGGAAGAGGACGUGGAGGAAUGAAGGGUGGUAGUAGGGUUGUGGUGGAGCCUCAUAGACAUGGAGGUGUGUUUAUUGCUAAGGGUAAGGAGGAUGCUCUUUGUACUAAGAAUUUGGUACCUGGUGAAGCUGUUUACAAUGAGAAGAGAAUCUCUGUUCAGAAUGAAGAUGGAACAAAGAUUGAAUACAGAGUGUGGAAUCCUUUCCGUUCUGGGUUAGCAGCUGCAAUUCUUGGAGGAGUUGAUGAUAUCUGGAUUAAACCGGGCGCUCGUGUCCUUUACCUUGGUGCUGCUUCAGGAACAACAGUGUCUCAUGUCUCAGACCUUGUUGGUCCUGAUGGAGUGGUAUAUGCUGUUGAAUUUUCUCAUAGAAGUGGAAGGGACUUGGUGAACAUGGCUAAGAAACGUACUAAUGUUAUUCCCAUUAUUGAGGAUGCUAGACACCCAGCUAAAUACAGAAUGCUGGUUGGAAUGGUCGAUGUGAUAUUUUCUGAUGUUGCUCAGCCUGAUCAGAGAUUUGGCCUAAAAAGGAGAUGUUUGCCUGUGGCCCACCCUAUUUGAGUAGGGGUGGGCAUA